CAGCACUGGCAAAACAGCCGGGCAACAGCUGGUCGUUCUCAUGUUGUCCUCUUUUUCUUGUUAUUCAACGCAACGCGGAUUUUCGAAUGAGUUUCUUAAGAAAAGGCGGCCGGUUUCUGAUUGCCGGCAUUCUGCCGACCUUUCACGAUUCCCCCGAUGACGUCGUCGACAAGGAGAACAAAACCUACAAAGCCUAUUUGGCCAGCAAACCACCAAAUGAAACCGGUCUCGAGCGUCUGAAGCAUAUGUUCACGAUUGAUGAAUUUGGCAGCAUAUCCUCCGAACUCAACUCCAUUUACCAGGCUGGCUUUCUGGGCUUCCUCAUUGGAGCCAUCUAUGGCGGCGUUACACAAUCGCGGGUGGGAUACAUGAACUUCAUGGAGAACAAUCAGGCCACGGCCUUUAAGUCCCACUUUGAUGCCAAGAAAAAACUGCAGGAUCAGUUCACAGUGAAUUUCGCCAAAGGCGGCUUCAAAUGGGGCUGGCGUGUGGGUCUUUUCACCACCUCCUACUUUGGCAUCAUCACCUGCAUCUCUGUUUACCGCGACAAAUCCUCCAUUUACGAGUACCUUGCCGCUGGCACCCUAACCGGCGCCACAUACAAAAUAAAUCUGGGUCUGCGGGGCAUGGCUGCUGGCGGCAUUAGGGGCUUCAUGGGCGGCAUUGCUGGCGUGGCCUCCCUGCUGCUGAUGAAGGCAUCGGGCACAUCCAUGGAGGAGGUGCGCUACUGGCAAUACAAGUGGCGAGUGAAUCGCGACGACAACAUUCAGGCGGCAUUCAAGAAGAUGACAGAAGACGAACACCCCGAGCUGUUCAAGGCCCACGAUGAGCGUGUGUCCGAAGAUGUGUCCCUGGACUCAGUGAAGGAGAAAGCAGACAAAGUGUAGACUUAGAUCAAAGUUUAAUUUAAAUAAAUUGCAUAUGUGUCCAUUUAAAGUUAGACAGAAAUACAUUUAAGGAAGCCCACAAUG